AUGACGGAUAAUCAUAAAUGUUGGCACGAGCAGUUACCUUAUGCUUUACUGGGACACCAUACUACAGCUCGAACUUCGUCAGGAGCAAUUCCAUACUUGCUGGUCUAUGGAACUGAAGCAGUCAUACCUACUAAAGUUGAGAUACCUUCCCUGAGAAUCAUUCAAGAAGUUGAAUUAGACAAUGUUGAAUGGGUUCGAGUUCGAUAUGAACAAUUGGAUUUAAUUGAUGAGAAAAGGAUGGUUUCCAUAUGUCACAGCCAAUUAUACCGACAAAUGAUGGCAAGAGCCUUCAACAAGCGAAUCGGAACUAGACUUUUUCAAAUUGGGCAAAUGGUGCUCAAAAGAAUUUUUUUGCAUCAAGAUGAAUACAAAGGGAAGUUUGCUCCCAACUGGCAAGUUCCUUAUGCGGUCCGCAAAGUACUCUCCGGAGGAGUAGUAGUAUUGACAGAAAUGGACGAACAAGAUGGGCCAAAGUCAAUCAAGCGCUACUAUGCAUAA